AUAUUGGCAUUGUUUUCGUUUUUAUGUCCUUCCAUUCUCUCUUGGUGUGUCUUUCCCCUCAGGUCAUCCAAACCCAUGGAGAGAGGAAACCAAACCAGUGUCUCAGAAUUCCUCCUCCUGGGACUGUUUGACCAGGCAGAGCAGCGGCAGCUCCUCUUCGUGCUGUUCCUCUGGAUGUACCUGCUCGGGGUCCUGGGGAGCUUGCUCAUCGUCCUGGUCAUCGGCUCCAACCCACACCUCCACACCCCCAUGUACUUCUUCCUCACGAACCUCUCCCUGGCCGACAUCUGCUUCCUUUCCACCACGGUCCCCAAGAUGUUGGUCAACAUCCAGACCCACAGCAUAUCCAUAACCUACACUGGCUGCCUGGUGCAAAUGUAUUUCUUCAUUCUGUUCGUAAGUCUGGACCAUCUUCUCCUCACCGGGAUGGCUUAUGACCGCUAUGUGGCCAUAUGCCACCCCCUCCACUACACCACCAUCAUGAGCCCACGGUUCUGUAUCCUGGUGGUUACUGGAUCCUGGUUCGUCAGUUCUCUCCAUGCCCUGACACAUACUUUAAUGCUAGUCAGGUUGGACACAAAGGGUAACCAAACCGCAGUCUCAGAAUUCUUCCUCCUGGGACUGUCCGACAGGGUGGAACAGCGGCAGCUCCUCUUCGUUCUGUUUCUCUGGAUGUUCCUUCUCGGGUUCCUGGGGAGCCUGCUCAUCGUCCUGGUCAUCGGCUCUGACUCACACCUUCAUACCCCCAUGUACUUCUUCCUCACGAACCUCUCCCUGGCCGACAUCUGCUUCCUGUCCACCACGGUCCCCAAGAUGCUGGUCAAUAUCCAGACCCACAGCAAAUCCAUAACCUACGCUGGCUGCAUGGUGCAAAUGUAUUUCUUCAUUCUGUUCGGAAGUCUGGACCACUUUCUCCUCACCGGGAUGGCUUAUGACCGCUACGUGGCCAUAUGCCACCCCCUCCACUACACCACCAUCAUGAGCCCAUGGCUCUGUGCCCUGACGGUUGCUGGGUCCUGGAUCACCGUGGUCUCUUUGUUCUAUGGCACUGCGCUUGGGGUCUACUUCAGCCCCCCAUCCACCCACACAGCCAGGAGAGACUCUAUAGCGUCCGUGAUGUACUCGGUGGUGACCCCCAUGCUGAACCCUUUCAUCUACAGCCUGAGGAACAAGGACAUGAAAGCGGCCCUGAGAAAAUUCAUCAGUAGGAAAUCUGGCUUCUUCCAGAGAUUGUAA